GGCCAGGGGGCGCUCCGGGGACCAGCUCAGCCGGCUCGAGCGAAAUAAAAUGUCUGAAGACACAAGUAACACUAUAGUACCUGAAGAAAAAGCUGAAAUAACCAAUAUGCCUGAUACGGAUUCUUUACUUGGCGAUGCUGCAGUGCACCAUGAAACACCCCAAAUUUUGAAUGAAUCGCCACCAAUCAGACUGAAAGAAGAGGAAGACAAAAGCAUAAAAGUAGAGGAUGAAGCGAUGGCUGACAUCCAGCAUCCUAACAAUCCUAUAACAGAAGACGCAGUUGCAAAGGAGCCUCCUUCUAAUGGAGGAGUAACAGAAGACGUGCUUGUUGAGUGCAUUGAUUCUGUGAGCCUUGACCCAGACCCUGCAUCUGAAGUGUUAUUGAGUGAGCAAAGUAACCAGGAUGGAGAUUCUUCUUCUCAAAGUAGAAUGUGGACUGGAUGGGGAUCCUGGGGAAAAUCCCUGUUGUCAUCUGCAUCUGCUACAGUUGGCCAAGGAUUAACAGCAGUUAAAGAAAAAGCAGGGGCCACCCUCAGGAUUCAUAAUGCAAAUUCUAGAUCUUCUGAAGGUGAACAGGUGGAUACAGAUGACAAAACAUUCCAAGUACCAGAAGCUGGCACAGAUCAGAGCACUGGAGAAGAUCCACCCUCUUCCCCAUCAGGAUCCCGAGGGAUGCUGUCAACUAUCACCACUGUUGUUCAUAACACAGGUAAAAGUGUCUUAAGUGGUGGCCUGGAUGCUUUGGAAUUUAUCGGCAAGAAAACCAUGAAUGUCCUUGCAGAAAAUGAUCCUGGGUUUAAGAGGACCAAAAUAUUGAUGGAGCGAACAGUUUCUUUGUCUCAGAUGUUAAGGGAAGCAAAAGAAAAAGAGAAGCAGAGAUUGGCUCAGCAGCUCACAGCGGAAAGAACGGCACACUAUGGGAUGCUUUUUGAUGAGUAUCAAGGCUUGUCACACCUGGAAGCCCUAGAAAUUCUCUCCAAUGAAAGUGAAAUCAAGGUUCAGUCAUUUUUAGCAUCCUUUGAUGGAGAGAAACUGGAAAUCUUAAAAAAGGACCUAAUUUCCAUUAAAGACAUCUUUAUACCAAAGGAAUCAGAGAGUGAAGAGAAUCAAGAAGAGAAGGGAUUGGAUGAAAAGGGAGAAUUUGUUAGCAUGCUAACGGAACUUCUCUUUGAGUUACAUGUUGCAGCGACUCCUGACAAACUCAAUAAGGCUAGAAAAAAGGCUCAUGACUGGGUGGAAGAAGCUCAAACUGUGACAUCAGCUGAUGUGAUAGAACAGCCAGUAGAGAAAGCUCCGGAUGAUGAAGAAGAGAAUCCUGAAGUCCCUGAAGAUGAAAAUAAGGAAGAAAAGAAAACCAAGACACUAGAGGAAGUGUACAUGUUAUCGAUCGAAAGUCUUGCUGAAGUAACUGCACGCUGUAUUGAACAACUGCAUAAAGUAGCAGAGCUAAUUCUUCAUGGCCAAGAAGUGGAAAAACCAGCCCAGGAUCAAGCAAAAGUUCUCAUAAAAUUAACCAGUGCAAUGUGUAAUGAAGUGACUUCCUUGUCUAAGAAGUUUUCUGAUUUUUUAACCACCACUGGGAGCAACCAGAAGGCCGAAGUCCUUAACCCAAUGAUCAAUAGUGUUUUGUUAGAGGGCGCCAAUAGUACUACAUAUAUCCAGGAUGCUUUCCAGCUGUUGCUUCCUGUUCUGCAGAUUUCACAUAUCCAAACCAAUUGUUUGAAAGAAGAGCAGUGACAGCUGCCAGAAUCCAUCACCGUGUAAAAGGAAGCCACAGCCACAUCCUUUUAGAGUUUGUGGUUAAAGAGAUGCCUUAAAAGAAAACUGGCCCCAGAAGGCCCAUUGGAGGACACUACAGCAGUUUUGCACAGACAGUAUUGAAAAUAAUGUUUAAAGACAUUUCUCUUAAUGUAUAUGGUUGUUAGAGCAGCUUUUUUUUCUUUGCAAAAAAAUAAUAUUUUCUUCACAUUAAUUUAAACCGAAAUAGUAAACAUAUUCAAAAUAGUGUUAGUUGAAUAUAUUUCCAUUCACAAAAAAUAAUUCCUGUCCUUUAAUUGGUAAAUCAUGCUGUGUCAAGAGAUUCCAGGAUCCUGAGUUCUUCAAAUCCUGAAUUCAGAUGGUUUCAAAUUUCCUACUCUUCAAGCAUUAAUUUUUAAUAUUUUAAUUUAAACAAUAUACUAAAUGUGAUAUAGAAAAUCCCUAUCAUAUAUUUGACUAGGGGCAAGGAAAACACUAUCUUACAAAUUUUUCAUCUUAUCUACUAAGACAGUAUGGUAUAGUAGAAAGCACCCAUUGUACAGAAAUAUCAAGGACCUGAAUUCCGGCUCUGCCAACAAUGUAAACUUGGGUGAGUCACUUCAUUUCAAUGGGUCUCAGGUUUCUCAUUUGUACAAUAAGGUGGUUAGACUAGAUUUGAGGUUAUUAACCUCUUUUGUGUCAUGGACUCUGCUAGCAGUGUGGUGAAGCUUUUCUCAGAAUGUUUAUAAAUGCACAAAAUAAAAUAUGUUAGAAACAAAUUAUAUCAAAAAGCGGUUAUUAAUUUUUUUAAUUCACAGACCCCACACUAAGAAUCCCUAGACCUGAAGAACUCCAAGUUUUCAUCUAGCUCUAUAAUUCUAUAUGACAGUAUACACUCCACCAAUUAUGUAUUCCAGAGAUGUAAUCAAAUCUGUAAUAAGGCGAAGAGCUUUCAAUUUGAGUUUUACUAUAAUUUACUGAACCUGAAAAAUAUCAGCAGUGUUCCUGCAAAACAUUUAAAGAGGAAGAAAAUAGAGAAUGUCUUUAAUACUUUGUUUCUUGUUUACUUUAUAUAUAUAUAUAUGUAUAUAUAUAUUUCUAAUUGACAUGCAAUACAUCAGUCUGGUGCUAUUAAAUGAUUUUUUUUAAUGUAAGGAGAGAUGUUUGGCAUUCUGAAUUGAUUUGGUAAGUGCAUGACAAAAUAGCUUUACCAGACUGUAAGCUCCUUGAGGGUAGGGACUGUGUCUUAUUCAGCUUUUUCUCCCCAGAGCUUAACACAAUACCUCAAAAAAAAAAAAACCAAAAACCAGGUGCAUAAUAAACAUGAAUUGAAUCAACAUUGGUAACAAGGUCUUUAAAAUUCAAGUAUUUAUUUAUGGAUUCAUUUAUAUGUGGAGAGGAUGCUACAUGACUUGAAUAAUAAGUAAGAUCCUUAGGAAGCCUAUUGGAAGACCUUCAUAAGUCAUCACUGCAAAUGGCUGCUCAUACCUAUGAACCUAUAGUCAAUAGUGACUAUUUACUCUCUUCCCUCUUGGGCUCUACUGAAAAUCGAGGAAGGAUAAUUUGUACAGUGAAUCCCUUCAGUAACAUGAAAGUUGGUUUACAAAUGUUCUCAGAGCUACAUAUACCUUUGUCCACACAGAUAACUUUAUUUAUCUCUCUGGUAGGGUAUGCCCAUUCCCCACCCUCACAAACCCCCAUUGUUUACUCUCCUAUUCUGCAGAAUUUUAUUUAUCUAGAGUAUGAUAGCCUGAAGAAGCUUUGCUACAGGGUCUGAAAAACAUGCUUUUCUUUGGGAAGGUUCAAUUAUAACAACCUGCAUUUUAUAGUGUUUUGAAGAUCUGCAAAGUAGUUUUGCAAAUAUUAUCUCAUUUUAGCAUCACAAAACCCCUUGAAAGAAGAUUAUUAUUCUAUAGAUGGGAAAACAGAAUGGGAACUCAUUCCUGCAGAAUAGUCUGAGGGUUAUGAAAUCUUUGUAUUUUUGACUUUUUUGUAAAGUUAAAUAAAACCUUUGGUGUG